CGUGAUCAAUUGAUGGUCUCGAAGCAAGGCUUCUGAAAUUCAUUUUUAUCGAGGAGGUCCGUGCGCCACCGGCACACGAGGAAAAGAAAAUGAAUCAAGGAAUUUGGAAGAUUUACAAGAGCAAAGUGCUGAAAAACCUCAGCCCUGAACAGGAGGAAGAAGAUAUCAAAGAGCAGAGCAGCGACACGGUGACUGGUACACCCCUGCCCAUGCCCAUGCCCAUGCCCGAGGAGGGGUCCACGCCCGUCUCGCAGCUGGCAAAGAAGAUGCAAGGAGUCAGUGUGAAGGGAUGGAAGUGCAUGUCUUCACUCUUCAACAAGGAGGAUGAGCACAAGUUGCUGACGCCUGAGAACUCCACUCCAGUUGAGCAUGUUCUCUCAGAGCCAGCCCCGGCCCCAGAAGCAGCCCAGACCGAGAGGAAGGUGACCAGCUUUUGGGACACCUUCGCCAUCAAGUGGAGCCAGGCCGGUGAAGCCAACCAGGGAGGUGCUCCGCCCCACAACAACGAGACGGAGGAGGCCACGGAAGGCACGGGCACGGCUGGGGUCACGGGUGGCGGAGCAGAGGAGACAUCCAGCUCGAACGACUACACCAACCUGGAGGGUUCCGGUGACAGUGGAUUCAAGUGGAAUUUUGUGACCAGCAAAUUAGCAGAACUGAAAAGCAAAAGUCUUGCGAAGAAUAACUGAAGCUCUCCUCCACGUGUGGGGAUGGAAAGGGGCGUAGAGAAUUCCAAUCGCAUGCACCCAAAACCGGUCCCAGAGAAUAGCCCGUGUCUGAAUUGGUAAUCACUGGGCCAAAGUUUGCAACGUUUCAUAAUGAGCUCCUUGUUGUUUGUUAGCACGAGGAGUGUUAUAAAACACUGACAAACUUUACCCCGUUCUCUGGAGAGUGAAUGAAAACUACACCAUAUAUUUGUAAACUAUAAUAAAAGUAGAAACAU